UUGUCUGUGAGCUGACCUGCACGCCAGCAGACCUGUCUGAGCAGUCGCAGAAAUACCCUGUGGAAAAAGGGCAGUUUUGUAAUCGCUCCGUGCCCCCAGCUCCACUCCACGGAGGGAGGCGUAACCGGCUGCAUACCUGCCCAAAGACUCAGCGGAACAGGACGGGACAAGCGGAGAGGGCCGGGGAGAGAGGAAAGGUGAAAAGUAAAUGGCAGCCAGGUGUUGCGUUAGCCAGGAUGUGACAUCAUAGCGGAGGAGAGGGGGAGUGCGGUGGAGGCUCGGGCGUGUGGUCUCCGGAUGGGAGAAUCCCUUGGCAGGAAUAGCGCUCGUUUGCCCGCUCGACUCAUGGGAAUAGAUGCUCGCCCUGGAUCUCCGGCUCCUGUCCCGCUACUCAUGUUUUCGGAUGGUCAUGAGUGCGUGUCCCAGCGCGAAUCCAAAGUGGUGUGCUCCUGCUGGCCUUUCCCAUUCAAAGAAUAUGACAGACCCCUAGCACCCAACAAAGGGAUGGCGGCUGCCUACCUGGACCCCGCCCUGAACCACACCCUGGGCCUGGGUGCGAAGUCACGGCUCAGCAUGGGGACGGACCGCCCCCCCGGGGGCAUGGACCGGGUCCUCAAGGUGUUCCACUUCUUUGAGACAAACAGCGAGCCCAGCACCUGGGCCAGUAACAUCCGGCACGGGGACGCCACUGACGUUCGGGGCAUCAUCCAGAAGAUUUUGGAUAUCCACAAGGUGAGGUUCGUGUCCUGCUUUGGGCUCCGCCUCAGCCGCCGGCAGUCUGAGGAGGUCCACUGGCUCCACCCGGACAUGGGCGUGUCCCACGUGAGGGAGCGGUACGAGCUGAAGCGCCCGCAGGAGGAGUGGAGGUAUGAGCUUCGGAUUCGCUAUUUGCCAAAGGGAUUUCUCAGCCAGUUUGCUGAAGACAAACCGACACUAAACUACUUCUACCAGCAAGUAAAGAAUGACUUCAUGUUGGAAAUGGCACAUCAAGUGGACCAAGAAAUAGCUCUUAAAGUGGGAUGCCUUGAGAUCAGGAGGUUUUUCAGGGAGAUGAGAGGGAAUGCACUGGAUAAGAAGUCCAACUAUGAAUUAUUAGAAAAAGAUGUCGGCUUGAGACGAUUCUUUCCCAAGUGUUUGGUGGACUCCGUAAAGCCUAAAACACUGCGUAAAUUGAUCCAGCAGACGUUCAAACAGUUUGCCAACCUUGACGACGACCAAAGCAUCCUCAAAUUCUUCGAAAUCCUCCAACCAAUCUACAGAUUUGACAAGGAGUGCUUUAAGUGUGCUCUUGGGUCUAGUUGGGUAAUAUCCGUGGAGCUUGCCAUUGGUCCGGAGGAAGGAAUCAGCUACCUCACAGAUAAGGGUUCUGCAGCUUGCACAGGGGACAGGGGUGGGGGUGGGGUGACUUCAGCCUGUGUGGCACCCACCUGGCCCAUACACCUGGCCACCUUCAUCCAGGUGCAGAGCAUCCAGUUCUCCUGCAGUGAGGACAGAGACGGGAAGGGCAUGCUACAGCUGGAUGUGGCUGGCGCCCCCGAGCCCCUCAUGGUGACUACAUCAUCACUGAACACAGCGGAGAACAUGGCCGACCUGAUUGAUGGCUACUGUCGGCUGGUGAACGGCGCCCCCAGAUCCUUCAUUGUACGGACGCAGAAAGAGGGAGAGAGAGCUCUGCCAUCCAUUCCGAAGGUUGGAAACCAUGAGAAGCGGUCGGAAGGGCUAAGGACACGUGUGUUUUCAGUCACAGAUGAAAUUAGUGGGGACGAAACAGACGACUAUGCAGAAAUCGUAGACGAGGAGGAUACGUAUACAAUGCCUUCCAAAAGCUAUGGAUUUGACCAAGUGAUGUUCUUUCUGUCUGCAGCACGAGACUAUGAGAUCCAGAGGGAGAGGAUUGAGUUGGGCCGCUGUAUUGGAGAGGGGCAGUUUGGAGAUGUCCACCAGGGGAUGUACUUAAUUCCGGAAAGUCCACCUCUGGCUGUGGCUGUGAAAACCUGUAAAAACUGUACCUCUGACAGCGUCAGAGAAAAGUUCCUGCAGGAAGCUUUGACAAUGCGGCAGUUUGACCAUCCUCACAUAGUGAAGCUGAUCGGUGUGAUCACAGAAAACCCGGUUUGGAUCAUUAUGGAGCUCUGCACGCUAGGAGAGCUGCGGUCUUUCUUGCAAUUGAGGAAAUACAACCUAGACUUGGCAUCAUUAAUUCUCUUCGCCUUCCAGCUGAGCACAGCACUGGCCUAUUUAGAGAGCAAGCGCUUUGUACACAGGGACAUCGCUGCCAGGAAUGUUCUGGUGUCUUCCACAGACAGCGUGAAGCUGGGAGACUUUGGCCUGUCUCGGUACAUGGAGGACAGUUCCUACUACAAAGCCUCUAAAGGGAAAUUACCCAUUAAAUGGAUGGCGCCAGAAUCCAUUAAUUUCAGACGCUUUACCUCAGCUAGUGACGUGUGGAUGUUUGGUGUCUGCAUGUGGGAGAUCCUGAUGUACGGGGUCAAGCCCUUCCAGGGCGUGAAGAACAACGACGUCAUUGGGCGGAUCGAGAACGGGGAACGGCUGCCCAUGCCCCACAACUGCCCUCCCACCCUCUACAGCCUGAUGACCAAGUGCUGGGCCUACGACCCCAGCAGGAGGCCCCGCUUCACCGAGCUCAAGGCCCAGCUGAGCACCAUUCUCGAGGAGGAGAGAGUCCAGAGGGAGGAGCGGGCCCGAACAGAAAUGAGACGACAGGUCACCGUGUCCUGGGACGCCAGGGGAACUGACGAAGCCCCCCCAAAACCCAGCAGACCUGGCUACCCCAGCCCCCGUUCCAGUGAAGGAUUCUACCCCAGCCCACAGCACUUGGGCCCGCACAAUCACUACCAGGCGGCAGGUUACCCCAGCCCCCAUGGCGUAUCCCCAGCACCCAGCGGAGCCUACCCUCCCCAGGCCUCUCUCCUGGACCCCCACGAUGCCUGGACCCACCACCGGCCGCAGGAGGCCCCCGCAUGGGCCCAUGGUGCAGAGGAGGCGGGUCCGUUGGAGCUGCGGGGGAUGGGCCAGGCGCUGCCCUCCCACCUGAUGGAGGAGCACCUGUUGCAGCAGCAGCUGCAGAUGGAGGAAGAUCAGCGCUGGCUGGAGCAGGAGGAGCGUUUCCUGAAGCCGGAGUCCAGGAGUUCCAGGGGCAGCAGUGACCGGGAUGAUGGUGUGCUCCAGGGGCCGACAGGAAACCAGCACAUAUACCAGCCCGUCACCAGACCAGAACAUGCGGCCCCACCAAAGAAGCCCCCCCGGCCUGGGGCAGCCUGCAUGCCUCAUGUGGACAGCUACAAUGAAGGAGUGAAGAUCCAACCCCAGGAGAUCAGCCCGCCUCCCACUGCUAACCUGGACCGCUCCAACGACAGGGUGUACGAGAAUGUGACAGGACUGGUGAAGGCCGUCAUUGAGAUGUCCAGCAGAAUCCAGCCUGCAACCCCUGAGGAGUAUGUGCCAAUGGUGAAGGAUGUGGGUCUGGCAUUGAGGACACUUCUGGCUACUGUAGAUGAGACCAUACCUACACUGCCAGCCAGCUCACACAGAGAGGUGGAGAUGUCCCAGAAGCUGCUGAACUCGGACCUGGCGGAGCUCAUCAGCAAGAUGAAGCUGGCCCAGCAGUACGUCAUGACCAGCCUGCAGAUGGACUAUAAGAAGCAGAUGCUGACCGCCGCGCACGCGCUGGCCGUGGAUGCGAAGAACCUGCUGGACGUCAUCGACCAGGCCCGCAUCAAGAUGAUGGGCCAGCCCUGGCCCCACUAGCCCCGGCGCGGUGGCAAGCGGGAGGCAGGGAGGGGGGCACUUCCUUCGGUCGGACCGAGCUUUCAGCAGGCUCCACGCAGGGCGCACGCAGAGCACACGCCAACCGUCCGCACCCGCGCCGGGCCCUGGAGAAAGAGGUUCCACUCCCUCGUGUCACUCACUACCUGUCCAGGAACUUUUGACCUCCCACGUUCAGUCCCAGACAGGAGCCUUUGAGCAUCAGUUAUGGACGCUUGUUUUGUGUGUUCCGUUUUUCUGUUUUUUGGCUGAGCCUUACUGCGUGCGAGUGUGAUGGUAAGUGUGUGUGUGUGUGUGUGUGCGAGCGCACGCUGAUUGGGCUGAUUGAAUUGUAACGUGGAGCAAUAACCCCCAAAGUGCAGCCAAGCAUGUCGGUGACAGCAGCUGGAACCUCGCGGCUAAUGUAGUACAGACUUAUGGGAAAUCCAAAGGUUUUCACCCUUCACAAGUACAAGGAGUAAUCUCUCCUUUAGCACUUCACUUUAGCACAAUCACUAUGCCUAUCCCACCGGCAUUCAAAGGAGGACCCUAAACGGACAAAGAAACUUAAGCAAUGAGUACAAUUCCCUGACGGAAGAACUAGUAUUUAUUUUUUAUAAUAUAUAUAAUUAUAUAUAUAUAUAUAUACAGAAAUGUUGUGCCAGUUUUCGUGCAUAUAUGAAACUUAAGUGAAGGGUUUUUUUUUGUUUUUUUUUCUCCUGGAAGCCCCAGCCUGUGUACCAUUCUUCGGAGUGUGGGGUCAGUUUGUCUCCCAAUGUAAAAAAUUCAUAGCGCUUUAUUUUAUUUUAUUUUAUUUUUUGAAACACGGUUGUACCCUGCUCUUCCACUUGUCUCUGCUCUUGUGCAGGCUUAAAGGGACAGAUCCUCCCUUCCUUCCAUGUUCUAUGUCUAUAUGUACAGUACGCAUCCCUCUGCUUUUGAGGAAAACAAUUCUCAGGAAGAAUAUGACCUGUACAGUUCAUUGACCGAUUAAAAGGUUGUUGCUCA